AUGUCGGCUCCCACGACGAAGACCUUUGGCAAGUCCACUCGGUCGGUGCCUGCGCCGGCUGAAAAGGCCCAGAAAUGGUACCCUGCUGAGGAUGAGGCCAAGCCGCGUCAGGUCCGCAAGACCAUCCGCCCCUGGACUCCCCGCCAGACUCUCGUCCCCGGUACCGUCCUGAUCCUCCUCGCUGGUCGCUUCCGUGGCAAGCGCGUCGUCCUGCUCAAGACCCUCGACCAGGGUGUUCUGCUCGUUACCGGCCCCUUCAAGAUCAACGGUGUUCCCCUUCGCCGCGUCAACUCCAGAUAUGUCAUCGCCACAUCAUACAAGGUUGACCUUACCGGUCUCGAUGAGGCCAAGAUUGAGGAGGUUGCCAAGCCCAAGUACUUCACCGCCGACAAGGCUCAGCAGAAGGCUGGCGAGGAGGCUUUCUUCAAGCAGGGAGAGAAGCCCCAGAAGAAGGAGGUUACCAGCAGUCGGGCGGCUGACCAGAAGGCCAUCGACAAGGCCUUGAUCGCCAACAUCAAGAAGGUCGACCUUCUUGCCAGCUACCUCGCCUCCUCUUUCAGCCUUCGCAAGGGCGACAAGCCCCAUGAGAUGAAGUGGUAG